CUCCGCCGGCAGGUAGAGCCGCCGGGGCAGCUCCUGCGCCUCUUCUACUGCACUGUCCUGGUCUGCUCCAAAGAGAUCUCAGCGCUCUCAGACUUCUCCGUUUUUGGCCAGGGCCAGGUUUGAACCCGCCACCCCCAGUAUAUGGGGCCAAUGCCCUACUCCUUGAGCCACAGGCGCCGCCCUUUCACCUUGUUUUCUACAGCCCAAAGGAGUCUUCAGUUCCAGAAAGCUGGGGAAAUGGAAUCCUUCUCCACACUUCGUAGCCCAGUUACCUAACCAAACUCCUGCAAAACCACACCGCCUAUGCCUGUGACGGGGACCAUUUGAGCCUCCAGUGCCCUCGGCAUUCUACGAUAAGUGUUCAAUCGGCAUUUUAUGGGCAAGAUUACCAAAUGUGUAAUUCCCAGCAGCCUGCCUCCCAGAGGGAAGACAGCUUAACCUGUGUGGCACCCACCACCUUCCAGAAGGUGCUGGACGAAUGCCAGAACCAGCGGGCCUGCCACCUCCUGGUCAAUAGCCGUGUAUUUGGACCUGACCUUUGUCCAGGAAGCAGUAAAUACCUCCUGGUCUCCUUUAAAUGCCAGCCUAAUGAAUUAAAAAACAAAACUGUGUGUGAGAACCAGGAACUGAAACUGCACUGCCAAGAAUCCAAGUUUCUCAACAUCUACUCUGCAGCCUAUGGCAGGAGGACCCAGGACAGGGACGUCUGCUCUUUGGGCACAGAGCGGCUCCCCCACUUCGAUUGCUUGUCUUACUCAGCUCUGCAAGUACUAUCCAGAAGGUGCUAUGGGAAACAGAGAUGCAAAGUCAUUGUCAACAAUCAGCACUUCGGAAGCCCCUGUCUGCCAGGAGUGAAAAAAUACCUCACUGUGACCUACGCCUGCGUUCCAAAGAACAUUCUUGCAGCGAUUGAUCCAGCCGUUGCUAAUCUAAAACCUUCUUCGAAGCAGAAAGACGCUGAAUAUGGUAUAAACUUUGACCCAAGCGAAUCGAGGGUUCUGAGGAAAGAUGGAGUUAUUGUUAGCAACUCCCUGGCAGCAUUUGCUUACAUUAGAGCCCACCCUGAGAGAGCUGCCCUGCUGUUCGUGUCCAGUGUUUGCAUUGGCCUGGCCCUCACGCUGUGUGCCUUGGUCAUCAAAGUGUCCUGCACCAAGGACUUCCGGGAGCUGCAUUUGGGGAGGGAGCAUCUGGUGCCAGGAAGUGACCAGGCUGAGGAGGACAGUGAGGAUGAAGAGGAGGAGGAGGACUCCUCCGACUCAGAUUUUCCAGGAGAACUGUCUGGGUUUUGUAGGACUUCAUAUCCUGUCUACAGUUCCACAGAGGCUGCAGAGCUUGCAGAAAGGAUUGAGCGCAGGGAGCAAAUCAUUCAGGAAAUAUGGAUGAACAGUGGUUUGGACGCCUCACUCCCGAGAAACAUGGGCCAGUUCUACUGAAAACCAGAUGCAUCUUGAUGCAAUCGCACUUUCUGAAGAGGGAAGGAUCCAAAAUGCCCCUCCAGUUCUGAUUCACUUGUACCUUCUAUGAAGGAGAAUUUGUCCUGUCAUCCAACACUGGUGAGGCCAGGAAGCAAUUAAAGGGAUGUUUUAAACUGUUUCCCGCACAUGCCAAAAUAAAUUAGCAGGGAAGAA